UCACUUCCUGUAGUAUUUUCAUGCGGCUGACACAAAUGUGUGCAUCUGUCAGCCAGAGGUGAACAUGGCAGAAGUCUCGGAGAGGACGCUACAAGUCGCGGUCGUGGUUUCUUUCGCUGCCGGCUUCCUGGCGGGGUGGCAGGCUAACAGAAUGAGGAGAAGGUUUCUGGACUGGAGGAAGAAACGGCUACAAGAGAAACUGGCAGAAACUCAGAAGAAGCUGGAUUUAUCUUGAAUGGUUUUGCGGUUGUGUGGUGUGGAUGAACGCUGCUGGUCUUCUCUGUAAAGCUGCUGGAUCCGGAAUGUGCUACAAGUCUGUGACUGUGGAGAAGAAAUGACAUACCUGUGUUUUGCACUACCCACAUUUUCCCACCACACCUUUUUAAGUCAAGGCUGAACUUGAUAUUUAAUGUGGGAUAUGGGAAUACAGUCAUCAUUUGCACACAGCAGCUUCUUUUCUGCCCUUGGACACCAUCAUGGAAGAAGUUUGGGAUCUGGCUUCAGCAUUGUUUUUUCCACCCAUUCCAUCAUGUCUCAGUUCCUGUCUGUUUUAUAUGUGGUCAAAUAAAUGUUUGUGUUUUUAAUGUC